AUGACAGAUCUUGAUAGUACAGAAAUACUAACAGCUGAUGAAAGUCUUACUGAAAGUUCAUCAACGAUUGAUACUAAAGCUUCUUUAAAAAUUCUUAGCGGUAGUGAUUUAAAUACAUAUGAUAUAAAUAAGGAAACAAUUAUUGGUCGUUCAAAUCCAUCGGAUAUUGUUAUUCCUGCUCCGUCACUUUCAAAACAACAUGCAAAAAUAACAAUAAAUAAUGGUCAAUAUUUUAUAAUUGAUCUUGCGAGUAGUAAUAAAACAUUUCGUAAUAAAAUUCAACUUCAACCAAAUAUUUGUUAUGCAUUACAUAAUGGUGAUGAAAUUAAAUUUGGUGAUGUUAUUUGUUCAUUUCAAACUUCAAUAGAACCAAAAGUUGAUAUGAAUUUACCAACACAAACAAUUACUGAUUCAUAUGAUGAUCAAGAACCAAUACAACCAAUGAAAGUUUGGAAUAAAAAUAACAAUGAUGGAAAUGAUGUAACACCAAAACAAAAUGGUAUGAAUGAAUCUUUAAAUAAAUCCUCAUCUUCAUUUGCUCCAACUUCAUCAUCAAUAAUAACAAAUAAUGAUGAUGAUGAUGAUGAUGAUGAUAAUAAUAAUCUUAUAAUUGGUUCAACAACAUUACCAGCAACUGUUCCAUUAAUAAUUGAAUCAAAAGAUACAAAUAAUGAUAAACAACGUGAAAUGAUUUCAUCAUUACAAAUAGAAAAAAAUAUUUCAAAUGAACAAAUCAAAAUAACAGAAAUGGAUGAAACAUCAUCUUCAACUAAUCAAUCAAAAAUAAUUGAUUUAUCACCAAUUGAAAAUAUUCAACAAACAGAUAUGGAAGCAUCAGAAUCUUCGAAACAAAAUGAAAAUUCUAAUGAACAAAUGGAAAAUUUAUCACCAAAACCAAGUAUAAAAUCUACUGAACAACUUGAAGAUAUUGAUAAUAUAACAGAUGAUACAAUAUCAAAAGAAUCAAUUCAAGAUAUAAAUAAACAAGAAUUUAUUAAAGAAAAUCCAUCUGAUGAACAAAUGGAUACAGAUCAAACAACAGAAUCUCCAUCAAUGGUUAUCGAUGAUAAACAACAAGAAAAUACUAAUGAAAUGGAAGAUGAAAUUGCAUCAACAACACCAAAUACUGAUGUUAUGAAUGUUGAUGAAACAGAAAAAGCAAAUAUUGAAGUUCCAACAACUGUUAUGGAAGAAGAAGAAGAAGAAGAACAACCAGCAUCAGAUGUAAAAAAAUCUCCAACACCAUCACCAAUGGAACCAGAAAAAAAGAUCGAUGAAUCUACUCCUAUUGGUGUAUCUGAAGAAAUCCCAUCAUCAAUUGCUGAUGUUGAAGAAGAAUCAACUGCAAUUUCUACUCGUGGUGUUGCACGAAAAAAUGUUCGUCGUGCUCGAACUCGUCGUGGUGGUGGAACAACAACACGAGCUCGUGUUAUUAGUACACGUUUACAUGGUGGACGUUCUCAUCCAAUAUUACCUCCUAUUAUUGAUAAUCAAGGAAAUAAUACAACAUUAGAAGAAACAGUAAGCACUGAAACAGAAGAAACACCAAAAAAAACAAAUUUAACAUCUGAAAUUAAAUCAAAAACACCUAAAAAAACUGGAAUUAUGACUCCAACUGAACAAUCUAAUCAAACAAAUAUCCCUUCAAAUAUUCGAGUUUCAGCUCGAAUUAAAGAACGUACAUCUAGUGGUCGGAAUCGGCAAUAUCCUUAUACGGAUGAUUAUGUUGAUUUAGAUGAUCUUGAAAAACAAUCAAAAGCUCAUACGACAACAACAAUAACAACAACAACACCAGGUCGUAAAUCAAAUCGUGGACGUUCUUCAACAGCAUCACAAAAACGAAUUAAUCUUCGGCAACAACCUAUUGAUGUAGCAGAAAGUUCCGAACCAAAAGAUACAAAAAAUGUUUAUGAACAAAUAGAUACUAUUACUGAAAAUAAAGAACCAAUAUCAAAAACUUCUCCUCGAAAGAGAAAAAGCACAACACCUGUAAUAGCAGUUGCUACUAAACGAAGUCGUCCAACAAUACCACAAACAGUACCCACAAUGCGUACUCGUCGUCAGCAACCUACUACUGUUGAAAUAUCUCCAACAGUUACUAAGUCUAAUAAACGUACAACUGGUGGACAACAACAACAACAACAACAACAAGCAGCUACUACCAUUACGACACCAAAACGUGGUCGAAAAUCAACAAAAUUAACUACAACAGUUGAAAAGUCACCAGAAAAAUCAAAUCCAACUACUACUGAUCGACCUGUUCGUAUUGCUCUAAGUAGUCAUUUGAAUUUUGAUCAAAAUCAUAUUGAUAUAUUACGUAAAAUAGGUUUUGAAAUAAUGGAUGAAUCAUGUCAAGUUGAUGCUCUUGUUGUUGAUCGUAUAAGACGUACAAAAAAAUUUUUUAUGUGUCUUGCACGUGGUGCACAUAUAUUAUCACCUCUAUGGAUUGAAACAAUGAUAAAAGAAAAUCGUUAUAUACCAUAUGAUAAAUAUUAUUUAGAAGAUACAAAUGCUGAAACACGUUAUGGUUUUAAUUUACGUGAAAGUGUUCGUUUAGCUAAACAAGGUCCUAUAUUUGAAAAUUAUAAAUUUUUUUGUACAAAAAAUACUUCACCACCAUAUGAUGAUUUAAAAGAUAUAAUUGAAGCUGCUGGAGGAAAAUUAAUUGAUAAAAUUAAUAUGAAUAAACCAGGAAAAGAUAUAAUUUGUGUUGUUGCACAAAUAUAUAAAAAUGAAUAUGAAGAUUUAUUUAAAAAAAGUGUACCAAUUGUUAGUGAAGAAUUUAUUUUAAGUGGAAUAUCAAAACAAAAACUUGAUUUUGAUUCUUUCUCUUUAUUUCAAAAUGCUACAACGGUUAAAUCAAAUAGUGGAAAAUAA